AAGUAGUAAUUAAAAUCGGGUUCUCCCCGAAGCGAAAAUGAAUAUUUGGCAAUCAGCAGAGUUUUGAUGUCCACAAUAUAAAAAGUUGACACGAGUGAACAAUUUAGCCAUACAUUUAAAAAAAAAAAGUUUAAAACAACAACAAAACAGCGCAAAAUACAUGCAUAAUAAAAAACUGUGGGGAAUCUGAGCUCAAAAGGUUCUUCGUUUAAUUUGAAAUCUAGGCUGGACAGAAACAACUUACGUUCAAUGUACCAAAAUCAAUAAACCAGAAAUCUGUGUAACAUUAAAAAAAUUCAGUGUUUUGCACAUUUAUUUACGAGCACAUCGCCCACAGUUGCUGGACAAAUUUAUUCAAACGCAAAUUUUUCGCGCCAGCUUUCGCAGCACCACAACGGGAAGUGUUAGCUCAUUAAAUGCUGCGUAGUUGAGGAGCAAAAAUUUGCAGUAUUUGAAUAUACAAAAAGGAGAAUUCUUAUCGGUUUUGUGGAAUUAUCAAACAGGAAAAAAAAACAAUUCUUAAGAACUGCGCUAAAAGUACGACAUUGCUUUACACAAAAACAUUCAAACUCUUUGUGAAAUUAUUAGAGAAGAGAAAAGUUGUGAAAUUAAUUUAAAAGAAAUGCAGCCUCUAAAACGUUUCACACAAUGCGGCAGCCUGACAAUGCUGUUUGGUGUGUUCAUUGUACUCUUCGGGGUCAGUUCGACAGCUUUGACAACAUUUGGCAAGACGAAUAGUGACAAACCAACACCAACGCCAAUAAUCAAAGGCAAGGAGUGCAAUACUCAUGAGGAAUGUGUAACGAUAGAUAAGACCAGCUGUGUUAAGGAUCCCAACGACUACAAGCAGCGAUGUCUGUGCGGUGAUGAUUCGGCGCCGGUAAAUGGACAAUGCCCGGAUGUGCUAAAAGGUUUGCGCCACAAAUGCACCAGCAGCAACGAGUGUGAAGAUGGUUUGGUAUGUCAUUUUGAAAGUGUCAAUCGCACAAUUGGUGUGGCUAAAUUCAUUUCCAAAACUAAGAUUUGCCUCUGCGACAAUGAAAAUGGAUAUUUCGAAGAUGUUUUGAAGGAUAUUUGCAGUGGCGCUUCACUACAAAUAAUGGCAAAUAUUUUGUUGUCCCUACUGUCAACUGUAGCGCCAUUCAUUGUCUACGCACGGAUGAAGCCGCAUUUUUAAAUAUAUCAACAGCAAGCGCAUCUGUUUAUCACCGGUGCGUGAUUAUGCUUAGUCAUGAUAAAUGUAUUGUCAAUUAACAUUAUACAUUUUUAGUUCGUAUUUGUAAAAACACAAAUUCAUAAAAAUUAUGUAGCAUUAGAAAAAAAAAAAAGAAUUGUGAGUUUAUGCAUAUCGGAAGUUAUCUUCAAUUAGUUAUUUUUCCACAAAUUUAAGCCUUUAGACGUAUUUUAUUGAA